AUGAGUGCCAAAGCAAAGAAGAAGCUUGGCAAUAAGAAAAAGAAAUUCUCCAAAGCUGAACGACUGAAGCUGAUGCAAGAGGAGGAGGAGAAACGACUAAAAGAGGAAGAGGAAGCCCGUGUGAAAUCUGAAAAAGAAGAACUAGCAAGGCUAGAAGUAGAACUAAUUGAGAAAGAAAAAUGGCAACAACUUGAAGCAAAAGAUCUAGGAAGGAAAAAUGAUGAACUUGAAGAACUUAAGGUAUUAGAGAAUUGUUUUACUGAAGCAGAGAGAAUGAAACGAGAACAUAGAUUGUAUUCUCAGUGGACACACUACAUUCAGUGUGAUGGGAGUCCUGACCCCUCAGUCGCCCAGGAAAUGAAUACUUUCAUUAGCUUGUGGAGAGAGGAAAAAAAUGAGACAUUUGAGGAAGUAAUUGCAAAGAGUAAACUAGUAUUAUACUUAAUUAAUAAGUUGAAAUUAAUUUUAUUGGAAACGCCAUCUACUGACUUGCCAGAGAAGAAAAUCGCGCAGUACCAAGGCUCCAUCGUGGAGCUGCAGGAGUUGCUGCACCUCAAGUUCAACAUCGCCACGGAGCUACUGCUCAGGCAAGCUAGUACUUUAGCAGAUCUGGACACUGGAAAUAUGGAAAAAGUCAUUCGGGAUGAAAAUAUUACCUUGUAUGUGUGGGCAAACCUCAAGAAGAAUCCAAGGCAUAGAAAUAUCAGAUGCCAUGAAAUGAAAAUUGGCUUUGAAAUACCAAGGAUAUUAGCAUCAAGUGACAUUGCUUUACGGCUCCUACAUACUCACUAUGAUCAUGUCACGCCACUGCGCCUUGUUCCGACAAUAUUAAAAUAUGUCACUCCCACGGAAUCUUUCCCUGUCCAAGAAGAAGCAGUUAUUGCUCCACAAGCUGCAAUCAGCAAAGAGCUCCAAGAAGAGGAUAAACAACCAGAAGACAAGUCUAAUUUAGACCAUUUAGACCAGGAGGAAGAAAUAAAACCUGAAGAACAAGAUGCCGAUUUUGUUGUACACACAAGUUUUGCCAAGGAAGAACCUGAAAGCACAAAACAAGAACCGGAGAUAAAAGUAUUAAGUGAAACAGUUCCAACAGCACAGCUGGCGCUGCUAGAGAAUGCUCCCGAGAGGCUACGUAAAUUUGAAGAGAAUGAGCUUGACAUAUGCCAAUUCACAACUCUGGGUGGAGUGUACCACUUGGAUAUUCUGGAGCUUCCCCCACAGUGUAAACCAAUGAAGGGCUGGAUGAUAAUGGAAAUACUCAAAGACGGAUUACAGAAAUUUAUUUAUCCUCCAGCAACUACAGAAGACUUCGAAACAGAAAACUUUUUCCCGCCCAUAGAUGUCAUGCUUGAGGUUCAUAAAAACGUGAUCUUUUUUGAGAAUCCCCAGGUGGCAAGGUGGGAUGCUGAAGAUAAACAUUGGAAAACUGAUGGCAUCAGUAAUAUAACUUAUAAAUCAGAAGAAAGAGUUAUAACAUUCAGCCUGGACACUUUGGGCCCUGUUACCUUGAUUCAAGAUACUCAUAUUAACAUGCCAUACCAGUCAUGGGAACUAAGACCAUUUGAUGUGAAUAAAGUACUUUUGACUGUGACUACAGUAUUUGCUGAGAUUCAAAUACAAAUUAAGGAAGGCCUCUGCAUGUUAGCUUCAGUAAUAAUCGGUGAAAAAAACUAUCUCUCUAUGUUGGAAGGAAAAUGGAUGAGUCCUAUUUAUUUCAUUAUUACUUUACAAGAAGCUGGGUUGAAUAUCUUCCCUAAUGAGUACUCUCAUUUUUAUGUGGCUAGAAACCAAAAGGAUCCUUUGGUGGAAAUGAAAGCUUAUCGACAAAUGGCCUUGCUAAGCUCUGCUUUUGCAUUUGGUUGGAGCAAGUGGAAUAUGCAAUGUGGUCCUGAAAAAGUUAUAUUUAAGGUGAGUGAACACCUUACUCAAGAAGAGACACCUAUUGAGAAUCCUAAUUGGACUCUUUUAAUGUUUAGUGGCAACCGAGCACUAAGGCUCAAGAUUGAUGAAGACAGUGAGGCAUUCUCUGAGGCCCUGAAAGAGGAAACUGAGUUUCAUUCUACUCUCUAUCACAUGAUUAAGGAUUUUGCUUCCAUAGAAGCAAUGGAGAAAGUCUUGAGCCCUGACUACCAGUUUAUUCACUCUGUGUGCCACAUGCUACUCUGUACUAGAAUAUUCAGUUAUUCUUAA